AUGGGGAGGAUCAAGAAGACCGCUACCGAGCGUCAUGAGGCGACCAUCUCUCCCUACAUCACCAACUUUAUCAAGACUUUGGUCGAGCUACCUCUGCACAAGGUGCCCGAGCACAUUGCUUCCUUUCCACACAACUGGCCGUUCCCCAGAGGCGACCUGUACCACUGGAUCGCCCCAUUAAAUCGCUUCGAUCGCAUUCUUGAGGGUUUCACAACCGUGUAUGCUCUGGACAAAGGCCCACAAACGCAACCAUUCGAGCUACGGCUAUUGCAGAAGGGCGACGCUGAGGAUGGUUCGGUGACCGAAGUGUCGGUGCAAGAGCUCGAGGCAUGCGGAUAUUCAGCUGAUGGAGAUCGCGAGCUCGUGGAGAGUGUCCUCAACUUUACUCGUAUCCUGCUUGAGCGUUGUGGCAACCGCAGUCUGUAUGCUAGCAGCGCACAUCUCAACCACCUACUCAACACUGUCUCCCUCAGCCUACUCAAGAUUACCCUUCGUGUCAGUUUGCGCCUGGCUCAGAGAUAUCACACUUCGCGAAUGCGCGUUGCCUCGCCACAUUCGCUCAAUGCUUUGCUGGCUGGCCACUACAGUAUCAACCUGGACCGUAUCCAGAAACUUGCCGUCCCCUUUCCCAAGAAGCCCGUGGCUGCCCCCAUCUUUGGACAGACCCCGUCCAAGAACAAGGAGAAGGAGGAUGCCCUCAAGCCUGGCGUCAACACAGCCGAUAUUGAGUCUUUGGUCAAGGCUAAGGAUGUUCCAUCAUCGUACAAGGAGGAGCUUUCUAGCGUACGCUUGACCUACUACGACAAGACUGAUGCAUCUGCACCUGCAUCAUCUAUCGAGGCUCGCGCCCCCAACACACCUGGCUCGCCAAUGCCUCCCGUCACACCCACCCCUGUGCGUCGCACUUCGAACCUAGGCCCCGGCUCAGCACGCAGUGAACGCGUGAUCAACAACACCGACGCCCCCGAGACGCCAGUACGUGCCCAGCAGCCAGAGAAUUCUUCGACAGGUCCCAAGACUUUUGAGCUUUCUUCCGCUCAAAUUGGUUCCAAGGAGGCCUGGAAAAUCAUGGAGGAGAACGUGACAAAGGUGCCCGAGGACAACCAGUUCGACCUGCUUCAGAGGGUCCGUGUGGCUUCUGCGUUCCAGACUUCAAGAGAAGCUGUUCACGAUCUGGUUGCCGUCAGGAUUCUGGCCAUUUCCAACCUGUCCUAUGUCUAUGGCGAGACAACAUUUCAUCAGCGUAUUGGUCAGCCUGAUUCUGAGGAGCCUCGCCGAACUCAACUGGCUCAGCAACUUACAGACAUGCUCCAGCCUCCCAGUUCUGGUCAGGAAGAGAUCUCUCGUGAGAUGAUGGUGAUUGUUAUUCAAGCUCUGGAGGCUUUGGCCAAGUGCAAAUCCAAGACCAGCGAAAUUGCCAAUGCUCUCAACAUCACUGUCAGCCAUGGUGUCCUCUUCUAUGUUCUCAGAAAGAUUCUUGCCACUCUCGGUGAUGAAGAAGCCAAUGGCCAAGACCACGAAUGGUGCAAGGAUGUCUUUGAACUGGUCAUGACCCUCACCCCAGCUGCACCGCACCCGCAACGGAACGCGGACGUUCUCGUGGCGGCUGGCUUCGUAGGCAUCUUGGUCGAUAUCCUCAAGCUUCGCACGACGCAAGCCGAGAUCUACUUCCCUAUCGCUCUUGGCUUCUUCGAUAACUUCAUCCACAACGGAGUGCGAGAUGCGUUCCAGGCCAUUGUUAACGCCAAAGGUCUGGAUGUACUUGCCGAUCUCACUGCCUUCGAAGUUCAACGCUCGCUUGAGGCCGCUCAUAAACAAGAAGGCUUGCCCAUUGAGUACAAAACCAAGAUCACUGACUUCCAGAUCCCCUUCAACUCUCAGCAGACCCUGCGUCAGCUUCUCAAAUUCGUCGCCCAUAUGUAUCAUCACAAUGUCGGUACGGACGAUCGCUUGCUACGCAACUUUGUUGACUCCCCACAACUUCUUGGAGCACUUCGCACCAUCUUCGACAAUGCGCCCGUCUUUGGUUCAAACGUCUGGAGCGGAGCCAUGAACAUCCUCAGCAGCUUCAUCCACAACGAACCUACCAGCUACCAAGUCAUCGCUGAAGCAGGAUUGAGCAAGGGUUUCCUCGAAGCUGUGACUCAGCAGCCGAUCACGAAUAAACCUGACGUAGACACUACCGAGAUGCCGACCGCUACGGAAGACUCGAAUAUGAAAGUUUCUUCCGUUGACACACCCAAGGCAUUGGGCAUUCUUCCUGUUGGAGAAACCAUGCGCGAAAUUCCUACAGCUUUCGGUGCUAUCUGUCUCAACGAGAAUGGUAUGCGUAUGUUUCAGGCAUCGCAAGCUUUGGAGAAGUUCCUGGAGAUUUUCGAGAGCCCUGAGCAUAUCAAGGCUAUGGAAGAAGAUGCCGAGGUCCCUCAGUACAUCGGCACUGCCUUUGACGAACUUGUCCGCCAUCACCCACAGCUGAAGGAGAGAACUUCCAAUGCGGUCGUCGGCAUGGUUCGUAGAGUCAUGACCAUCUGUCAACGUCGCGCCGAGACCAAGGGUGUUGGUGCCAAACUGUGGCUUCAGGAUGAUCAGGGCUUGCAAUCUUCGCCACCGGUCACAGAAUCCGAGCUUGAGAACGAUGCCCUCGUCAAAGGCCGUGGUGGUGGUCAGUCUAGCUCGGACUUCAUCGCUAUGGUCUGCAGGUUCCUUGGUGGCUUCUUGAGUAACCAUAGCAUGGCCACGGCCUUCUGUGAGGCUGCAGGUGCUGAAAUUUUGCUUGAUAUGGCCACUGCUGCUUGCAACCCGUACAAUUUCCAUGAGACGCUUGCUCAGCAGGAACUCAUUCGAGUGCUCCAGCAGUUGGUCGAACACAAAGCUCAUUUGAUUCUCCCAUCUCUUGCUCGACGCAUACAACUAGCCUACUUCCAGCUCAGGCCAUUGGCAGAGCACCAGCCUGGCAAGCCUUACUUUAGUGAUCUGACAGAAUCGACAGCAGACCAGAGCUCUCACAACAACCUCGUGGUCUCGAACGCAACAUACACAGCCAAGGCCAUGGUGCAAGCCCAAUUCCUCUGCCAUGUUUUCUCUCAGGUCUUCUCCAUGCACGUUUACCACGCUGGUCGUACUGUGCCCCAUCACUUCUUCGGUCAGGUUAACCUCACAGACAUCUACACUGACUUGAUUGACGAUCUGGGUCAACUGUACUCUUCGUGUGUCUGGGAGGCCAUCGCAAUGCGCCACAAUAUGCCCGAAGACUGGAAGAAGCAAAUCAACAUCACUGGCAUGAGCUUCGACCAUAGCGAGGCCGACAACGUCAUGGGACAGCAGGAUGGCGAGGCUAAGAAGACCGAGGCUCGUAACAGUGCCCAAUUCAAGAACUGCCAGAUUCUCGCGUCGCUCACCAACCAAGUGUCUACCGGCAUUCUCUCUUUCUUCCAGGCGAUUGGUAAAUCAUUGCUGUGGAAACACUCUUCGCGCACCAUCCUCAGCGACUACCAGAGGCAGAAUGCAACCAAGAUAGCGGAUCACUUGGCACGCGCUUUGACAAGCCACAUCUCAACAGCCCGGCCAUCAACAAUUUCGGAGGUUGACAGUGUCUCCUACGACAUUGUCGUUCUCACUUCGACGCUACAGACUUUGGUUGACGAGCGAAAGACUACCCGUACUGGCGGUACUCAUCGUGAGGUCUUCUCCCUGGUGCUACUUGCGUUUUAUCAAAAGGGUGGUUUCAAAGAGUUGGAGAAGCGCCUGCAGCAAUUCGGCAAGCUUGUUGAACAACACAAGGAAGCUUCCCAAGACACUUCCACUUCCGAACAAGUCUCUUCAUCCAAGCAUAUCCAUGUUUUGGCACUCGCUGGUAUCGAUAAGAUACUCGACUUCUACAACAAGAUCAGUCACUCCAAGAACAUCACCGACGCCCAGCAGACUAACGUUAUGGCUGUCCGAGAGCGUCAAAAGAGCGACUUCUUCUUGGGUGCUCAAUUCGUGGUGGAGCUUCGUAAUGCUAUCCUUCCACAAAUUAGUCAGAUGUGGAAAUCAUCCGUGAUGGAGGCUCUUCCUGCGCACAGCGUCAAGUCCAUUGUCGACUUGCUCAAACUUAUUCUUGAAGGUGAAGGCGAGUCUAACGCUGUCAAACGCAGCGAGAACUUGAAGCGUCGUGUUGCAGCCGAACCUCGCAAAUUCAAGGUUCGCUCAGACUCCAAGGACGCUUUGCAGGCGGAAGGUCACGAAGACGAAGAACUAUGCAUCGAAGCACUGUACCGUUGUAAUAACAACGUGGCAGCUGCCAAGGAGUAUUACGUAUUGCGAAGAGACAACCCCGACAGUCACAUUCCUCUUUUCCCUCUUCCGUCACAUGAUGAGGUCGAGCCUCCUGCUCAGGAAGCUUCCAACGACACCACCGAACAGCCGGCUGCAUCUGGCAGUGUACCCUCGGUCGAGAUGCAGGACGCGGACGAAGCUGGAUCAAGCACACAAGACACCGAUGGCGAUCGCUCAGAAGCCGACCUUCUUCUCGGUAGUGGUAAUCGUCGCUUGGUGUUACCCCCAGAUAUGCUCAACGGUGGCCUUGCAGAAGUUCUUUCAAACGCUCUUGGCGGCGGAGAAGAACUAAUGCGUGCUCUUCCAGUUCACAGACGACCAUCAGAUGAGGCUCAGAGACCCGCUGAUGUUGUUACUGAAGAGAGCUUCGUUACCGUUGAUGAUCUCGACGACAAGCGCAAGGACGUCAGAGAUGGACUUAUCGAUAGGUGUCUCGAUGUUCUCAACACCCACACAGACGUUACUUUCGAGCUUGCAGACCUCAUCACAGCUGCAGUCACGAAGGCCGGUCAAGAUCAGUCAUCGAAGGUGGAGAUUGGCGAGACUUUGGUCAACUCUCUCAUGUCUCUCAGACCCGAGGAGGGUACUCCGCUGGACGGCAAGAAGAUUGCAUCAUAUGCUCAUCUGCUCGCACUUGUUAUGCAGGACCGCGAUUUCUUCAAUGCCUCUCUCGAUACCUUGACAGAAAACUUCGAAUACUUUGGCGGUUUCAUCAGGAUGUUCCAAGGUCAAAAGCUGGAGGAGACCUCGCCUUGGGUCAGCAAUAUGCUUCUCAUCAUUGAACGCGUUCUAGCUGAGGAUGAGAAGCCCCAGCAAAUUCAAUGGACAAUGCCACCAUUUGAAGAUCCCUACAAGGAGCAAGAUAUUGCCGAGCUCAAGCCUCCGAUCGUUCCUGACGAGGAGAAAAUCACAGUCUUCGAUGCUCUAGUCGAGAUACUGCCCAAGAUUGGUAAGGAUGAAACUCUUGCACUAUCUGUCACCCGUACGCUCGUGAUCUUGACUCGUCGUCGCGCUCUUGCAAAGAAGCUUGGCGAGAAGCUGUCGAUCUCGAGACUCUUUGUCAUGAUGAAGCAGCUUGCAGGCGUUGCAGGUGAACGUCUUCAGAGCACAUUCCUCAUUCUUCUUCGUCACAUUAUCGAAGAUGAUGAGACUAUCCGACAGAUCAUGCGUACUGAGAUUCAAUCUACGUUCGAGAGCAAGGGAACGGCCAGAGGCUACGACACGACAUUGUACACCAGAACUUUGUACCAUCUCGCGUUGCGCAGUCCCGAAAUCUUCGUCCAAGUCACCAACGAGAAGGUGCAACUCUCAAGAUGGGAUCAAAACCGUCCUGGCGGUGCACAGCCGCUCAUGUUGAAGAAGAUUGACAAGCCUGAAGAGACUAGGAAGACAGAAGAGUCUCUUGAGGGCGACGCCAGCGCCGCUCCUGAACGACCAACUAUUGAACGCACCAAGACCGGUGACCUCAAGCCUCCAUCAAUUGAGAAUCCCGAUGGUGUCAUUCAGUUCUUGCUCAAGGAGCUCUCUUCUUACAAAGAUGUCGAAGAUAAGGAAGUGCAACCUCCCAAACCUACUUCUCCGGAUGCUCCGGCGGCUGCCACCCCUUCAGAUGUAGAAAUGUCAGAUCCAACUUCUACUCCAGUGGCCGAAACUCCUUCGAUAGACUCUGCGGCCAAUCAGUCUGACAACAAGCCAGUGUUCAAGGCUGACCAGCACCCGAUUUUUGCCUAUCGCUGUUUCAUCUUGCACUGUCUGGUUGAACUCCUCGGCUCGUAUAACAGAACCAAGGUUGAGUUCAUCAACUUCUCGCGCAAGGCCGAGCACCAAGCAUCAACACCAUCCAAACCUCGCUCUGGUCUUCUAAACUACUUCCUUACCAGCUUGAUUCCGAUUGGGUCUUUGAAUCACCCUGAAGACAUUCCAUCAAGGAAGCAGGCCGCCACUGCCAAUUGGGCUAUCAACACCAUUGUUUCUCUCUGCUCGAAGACAAGUGAGCGCAUGAUCGGUUUGAAGAUCUCGACCAGCGAGGAAGAGUCUGACCUUGCUUAUGUUCGCAAGUUCGUCUUGGAACAUGCUCUCAAGGCCUACAAGGAUGCAAUGGCCUCUUCAGAGCCUCUCGAUCAGAAGUACGCACGUCUUCUCAGCCUGGGCAACCUCUUCUACCGCAUGUUGACUGGAAAGCAACAAUCUGGUAUCAACCACUCCAUGCUCGAGAUGGUCACCGUUUCUCAGAAGCAACUCGGUCGCUUCAUGUACGAGAAGAACUUCAUCACCGCAUUGACAUCCUCUAUCGCCGAACUUGACCUCAACUUCCCUGGCGCAAAGCGUGCAGUCAAGUACAUUCUUCGGCCUCUCAAGUUGCUGACCGAUAUCGGUGUUACUCUGAGUAUCUCUGGAGACGUCUCUGCGCCUGGCACUACUGAAGACGACGAGAUCUCUUCCGCCACUUCCGUUUCUGAUGAUGACAAUGAACGCGAAGAGACUCCUGACUUGUUCCGCAACUCUACCCUCGGCAUGUUCGAAACCGCAAACAGCGACGACGAUGAGGAUGAGUCCGGCUCCGACGAAGCCGAAGAGUACUACGAGGGCGACGAGUACGGCGAGGAGAUGGACUACGACGAGUACGAGGAAGGCGGUCCUGGUAUGCAUGAAGGAGAUGUAGUCAGUGAUGAAGAUGAUGACAUCGACGGCAUGGGACCCAUCGAAGGCCUUCCUGGCGACAUCGACGUUGAAGUUGACAUGGACGAAGACGAGAGCGGCGAUGAUGACGACGACUCCGACAUGGACGAAGCCGACUCAGAUGAAGGUGAUGACAUUGAAAUCAUCGACGAAAUUACUGGCGACGAUGAGAAUGCUAGUAUGGAAGAAGAUGAUGAUGACGACGACGAAGACGACGAUGAGGAAGACUGGGACGACGACGAUGAUGAUGGCGAUGAUCCUAUCAUGACUCUGGACAUGGGCGGGCCCGAGCAAUACUUCGAGGACGAGAUGGCCGAAGAUGACGAAGACAACGAAGAGGAUGAAGAUGAAGAAGUCCUCGGCUACGAACCCGAACAUGACGACCCCGAGAACGACGAGAUGGAGUGGGGCUGGGAGACCGCCGCUAUGCCUUCAACACAUCAUGGAUGGCGCCGUCCUGGUGGUCCCUUCUAUACUAUGGACGACUCACCUCUUGGACUUCCUCGCUCGCAUCGUGGAGGCGCUGCAGGUGGUGGAGAUCAAGAUGGUACCAACCCUCUUCUCCAGCGAUCAGACCGCAGGCCUACUACAGGUGCUCCAACUCGUCCCGAAAUGCCUCAUUGGCUUCACCAGCACCCUCCUCGACUCGGUGGCCAAGAUGGACUCUCCUUUAUCAACGAUCUUAUGAACAUGACUGGACCUUCGGGAGCUAGAAUCAGCGUCGUUGACGGCUCCGGUGGUCUUACCUUCCCGCCUCGCAUCACCAGAAACCUUACUGGUCGUGAUGCACCAUCAAACGGAAGAGCUUCCUCUACCGAUCCCGGUGCAGCAGUUUCCUUCACACCCACUCUUACAACUCUCCGCUGGCAAGAAGAGGCUCGCCUGCUGUUCGGUCACCAUCACCUCGAGAGGGCGAUGAAACUUGUCGACUCCCUGCUGCGCCUUCUCGUCCCUCCUGCCAUGGAGGCUAAGCGUCAGAAAGACAAGGCUGACGCCGAACGCAGAGCUGCGGAAGAGAAGGCUCGUGAGGAGCAGCGCCAGAAGGAAGAGGCAGAGCGUCUUGAGCGCGAGGCUCAAGAGCAGCGUGAGCGUGAAGAACGUGAGGCCAAAGAGGCCGAAGAGGCUGCCGCUCGUGCUCGCGAGGCCGCCGAGCGUGGUGAGACCACAGAAGGUACUGAGAGCAUGGAAGGCGUUGAACAGCCUGCGGGAGAAGAUGCCGCCGAAGCUGCACCCAGAGUCAUGACCAACAUUCGUGGUAGAGAGAUCGACAUCACUCACCUCGGCAUCGAUCUGGAAUACCUGGACGCACUUCCCGACGACAUGCGUGAGGAAGUCAUCAUGCAGCAAUUCCAAGAGCAACGUUCUCAGGAACGCACUCAAGACACCACCACUGGGCAGCCUAGCAGAUCCAGCGAGAUCAACCGUGAGUUCCUUGAUGCACUACCACCGGAUAUCCAAGCCGAGCUGCUUGCUUCCGAGGCAGCUGACCGUCGCCGUCGUGAACGCGAUGAGCAGCGCCGCAGAGCUGCCGCCAGUGGCAACGCUCUACCCCAGGCUGGUGAUAUGGAUAUGGCGGACUUCUUCGCGACCCUGAAUCCGGCUCUUCGCCAGCAGGUCCUUAUGGACGCUGACGCUCCCACACUUGCCAACAUGCCUGCGGAGUUCCAAGCCGAAGCUCGCAACCUUAUCGGCAGAAUCGAACGUCAUCGUGGUGGCGGUCGUGACAGACGCGAGAGCAACCGCCUUCAGGAUGAACAGGAAGCUCCCGAGCCUGAGGGGCAGCGCGUCCGCAGGCCUGUCAUCCAGAUGCUCGAUAAAUCCGGCGUGGCCACCCUCCUGAGAUUGAUGUUCGUCGCCAUGCAGGACAGCGCACGUACCACAAUGCAGGCAAUCUUGUCAGACAUUUGCAAGAACACCCAGAACCGCGCCGAGGUUAUCAGCGUUCUCCUUUCCAUUCUCCAAGAUGGAAGCUCCGACGCCAAUGCUUUGGAGAAGAGCUUUGCUCACCUCACCCUUCGCGCCAAGCAGAUGUCUGGACAGAAGACACCACAGCCUCUCAAGCGCAGUCUGACUGGUUCGCAGUUCACAGCACCUAGUACAGACGUCUCACCUCUCAUGAUUGUACAGCAAUGUCUUUCAACUCUUACCCAUCUGGCCAACGAGAACCCUCGAGUCAGUUCAUUCUUCCUUUCUGAGCAUGAGACCAGCAUCAGCCAGAGAGCCAAGUCGUUGAAGAAGGGCAAGGGCAAGGAGAGCAAGGCUGCCAAGUACCCUCUCAACGCGUUGCUCACUCUUCUUGACCGCAAGUCAAUCAUCGAGAACUCGUCUGUUAUGGAAGCUUUGGCCUCCUUGCUCAUUCGCGUUACCGAGCCUUUGAAGAUUCUUCUCAGAAAGGCAAAAGAUGCUGAGAAGGAGAAGGGUAAGGCUACUGAGACAGUUGCCAGUGCAUCUACCGACGUGGCCAUGACUGAGGGCGAAACUACGGUUGCUUCUGAGGCCCCUGUUGAAGCCGACAAACCACAAGAGCCUGUCGCCAAGACUGAAGAGAAGAAGAAACACAGGGAUCUCACUCCUCCUGAAGUUCCGGAAGAGAACCUCCGCUUGGUCGUCAACAUCAUCGCUGCACGCGAGUGCAACGCAAAGACCUUCCAGAGUACUCUCGAUAUCAUCAACCACCUGUCAGCCAUUCCUGGUGCCAAGGACACUUUCGGCAAGGAGUUGGUACACCGUGCUCAGGACUUGGGCGAUGCUGUUCUUGUUGAUCUGCAACAAUUGGCUCCUCAGAUUCAAAAUGCCAAGACUAGUACUGACAUUCAAGGCAUUGCUUUGGCUAACUUCUCCCCUGCAAGCUCUCAUCAAAGCAAGCUGUUGCGUGUUCUGCUCGCGCUCGACUACCUCUUUGACCCCAAGCGCUCGGGAUCUCACGACAGACAAGCAUCCACCUCAGCUGAUGCUUUGCCUUCAAAAGCUCGCCAGGAUCUGCUGUCAACACUUUACGAGACCUCGACAUUUGCCAAGCUCUGGUCCAACUUGAGUGACUGCCUGACUGCUAUUCGCGAACGCGGUAGCAUGAACAAUGUGGCUACCAUUCUUCAGCCCCUGAUCGAGUCGUUCAUGGUUGUCUGCAAGAACACAACUUCGAAGGAGGCCAACCUUGCUGCUUCGCAGGAGCUGUCAAUUGGUACUCCUCAACCGGACUCGCGCAUUGAGAAGCUCUUCUUCUCCUUCACCGAGGAGCACCGCAAGAUCCUCAAUGAUCUUGUUCGCAACAACCCCAAGCUUCUCAACGGCACAUUCGAUGUACUAGCUAAGAACUCCAAGGUGCUCGAAUUUGACAACAAGCGCAACUACUUCACUCGUAGAAUGCACACUCGCAAUGCUGAGGAGCGCAUUGCUCAUCCUUCGGUUCAGCUCAACAUUCGUCGUGAACAGAUCUUCUUGGACUCUUUCAAGAACCUGUACUUCAAGACUCCCAACGAGAUCAAAUACGGCAAGCUCAACAUUCGCUUCCACGGCGAGGAGGGUGUUGACGCUGGUGGUGUGACUAGAGAGUGGUUCGCAGCUCUCUCAAGACAGAUGUUCAACCCCGACUAUGCUCUCUUCAACCCCGUCGCUUCCGACAGAACAACCUUCCAUCCCAACCCCAUGAGUGGCAUCAACGAUGAGCAUCUCACCUUCUUCAAGUUUGUUGGUCGCAUCAUUGGCAAGGCCAUGUAUGAGGGCCGUGUCUUGGACUGCCAUUUCAGCAGAGCCGUCUACAGACGUAUCCUUGGCAAGCCAGUAUCACUCAAGGAUAUGGAGACUCUGGAUCUGGACUACUACAAGUCACUCUGCUGGAUUCUUGAGAACGACAUUACUGAUGUCACUUUCGAGACUUUCUCGGUAGAGGUUGAUAGGUUCGGAGAGACUGAGACUGUUGAUCUGAUCGAGAAUGGUCGCGACAUUCCUGUCACCGAGGAGAACAAGCAGGAGUAUGUGCGUCUGGUUGUUGAGCAUCGUCUGAUCAAGUCAGUCGAGGAACAGCUCGAGCAUUUCCUGAAGGGCUUCCACGAGAUCAUCCCCGCCGAGCUCGUCUCAAUCUUCAACGAACAAGAACUCGAACUUCUCAUCUCAGGUCUUCCCGACAUCGACGUCGACGACUGGAAGAACAACGCCGAAUACCACAACUACCAGCAGACCUCACCCCAAAUCCAGUGGUUCUGGCGCGCGGUCCGCAGCUUCGACAAGGAAGAGAAAGCCAAGCUCUUGCAAUUCGUCACUGGAACUUCCAAGGUUCCUCUUAAUGGCUUCAAAGAGCUUGAGGGCAUGAACGGCUUUACCAAGUUCAAUAUCCAUCGUGAUUAUGGCAGCAAGGAUCGUUUGCCUAGCAGUCACACUUGCUUCAACCAGCUUGAUCUUCCCGAAUACGAGACUUAUGAGCAGUUGAGACAUCAAAUGUACACUGCCAUGACGCAAGGAAGCGAAUACUUUGGCUUCGCCUAG